CCAUUCCAGUUGCUGAAUGACGACCGUCGCGCUGGGCAGUGUGAGUAGAAAGGAAGGCAGUCUGUGCACUGGAGCUGGCAGUAUGGACGCCAUUUCGAAUUGUGAAUGAGUUGGAAGUGUGGAAUAUAAGUGCUGUGUGAUUGUGAUCCGUGCACUGGAGCACGUGGUUGGUUUGAGAGCCGCAGACGGGUAGUUGGCGAAGUAGCAGGAUGGUAGAUGACGAGGGUUUGGCGUUGUUUGUGUCUGUGCGGCGAACAAGAGCAGUUGUGCCGGAACACUUUCGUGAGCAUCGUGAGGCGGUCGGCACUGGGUAGAAAGUUUGUGAGGAACCUGACGGAACUAGGACAGGACAGCUAUGGGAGGCCUGGGCUGAUGCACAUGACCAUUGCUGGGGCCGUCCAUCACGGCAUGAAAGAGAUGGAGGUAUGGAUGCAAACGUUCGCUCCGAACUCCGGAACACCGAUUCAUCGGCAUGAAUGCGAAGAGGUUUUCAUCACACUGAAGGGUCACGGAACCCUGUAUCUCAGCCGAAGUCGCGAGCUGGAUGCUCCUGGAGAGCCGGAGGAGUUCCAGAUAUACCCAAAUGCGACGUUCACAAUUCCAGUGGAUUCGGUGCAUCAGGUGAGGAACACGAAUCAAGGCGAAGAUCUGCAGGUGGUCGUGACCAUCUCCAGGCCUCCCAUGAAAUCAUUCAUUUACAAGGAGUGGUCUACUCCCCACGCCGAAGCAGUAUACGAGCCAAGAGAGUGGGAUAAGGAGGACAAGUUGUCGAGUGCAUCGCAGCAGUGCAAGGAGCCUGAAGCAGAGGAUGAUGUGAUGGCAGACAUUGCGAAAUUGCUCGGUAGGAGCAUUGAGGACAUUGUGGUGUCUGAUGAGAUAAGGUAGUGCAGGUGGUAUGAGGUUUUGUAGCGCAGUUGUGGGAGUGGAGACGCUGCGGCGCGGUCGGUGGGAUGGCUUGUGUACCGGGGGAUGGGAAUUGGACUGGUGGGCAGAUAGCGGCUGAGUGCAGGGAGCAACUAGUGCUACCAGGAAGCCUGUGUAAUGCAGUCGAGCGCCGGACCGAACACGGUGUAUGUGUCGGGGAGCGCUUUUUUGACGAUUAUUGGGGCGGUGGACGGAGAUGCGGGGAGUGUUGCGUGUAUGUGAAGACGCUUUGAGGGCCAUGACGCGGUUGUGAAGUUAGUCAGAGGAACCCGAAAGGAUAGGUGGUAGGAAUGUGGCUUGUAUGUGUCCGAGUAGUGGUGGGUUAGAGUUUCAGUGAGGGGCGGAAAGAAGUACCUGCGAGUGGGGAACGGUUCAUCCUUUCUCCGGUAUGAGGUGUGAAAGUAGGAAGGUUCAUUAAGUAUGUUUUGUUUGGAUGUUAUUAAGUCGCAUUAACUGCUCAAAUAUAUCCUCAUUUGAAGGGGUACAGCGAAGCGUCUAGGACUGUGUACCAUGGAGGUUUGACUGAUCGUAACAGGCACAACUGUGAGUCAACUGAAUAAACGGUGCUGCACUUACUUGACUAUCA